UUCGCGGGCUUCCAUCAUCAUCAAUGCCCGUGUCGCCAGCAAGCAGUGUUCAAUCACCGACGCAGCGAGGACCGCGGCCUCUGCCGCGCAUACCUGGCCAGUCGCCACCGCCCGCAAGCCCUCCUCUACCACCACCACCACCACCUCCACCCAUGUUAUAUACUGCUAUGCCUGAGCCGCGGCCUUAUUAUCCAGAUGAGACUCUGCCGCCUCCUCCGCCACCGAAGCGUUCCAGCGCUGAAUCGUGCGUGUGCAUCUGAAUUAAUUAGCAAUCUAUGUCAUGUUCAUGCAAUCCAUUCCCAGACGUAAGCUUCCUCAACCUCCGCUGGAUAGUGCUGGCUUUCAAUCGAACGGGUAUCAAUACGCACAAGCCUCGUCGCGCCCCUCAUUUAAUGGAGCUACUGUCGACUCGCGUCCUGGCUCGCGGUCGUACGGGUCUUCGAUUCGCCCGGGCUCUUCCGACAGUUCCAGGUUGAGGACACCUCCAAUGCAGAUGCCUGUACCAGAAGUCCGUGACUCUCGCGAAUCAAGAAUGUCUUCUAUGUCAAGUGACAUUGUAUCCCCCCGGCAGCCUCCCAUCCGUCCACCUCCGGGUGCAAUGCCGCCGCGAAUUCCUUCAUAUAAGGGAAGCAUGGAUGACGAUCGGAUAUCUGGAAUGGACGAUCUCUAUACCAGCCCGGUAGAACACACGCCCAGUACUUGCACUUACUCACCUCCGCACGAUGCAGCCAGUCUGUUUGCCCAACACCGCUGUAAGUGGCUUGUCUUUAUCGCACGCUAGGGUGCUAAGCACAUCGAUUAGCUUCCCGAUCAACGCAUGAUGUUGGUCGCACCACAUCUGUGGGCUCCACAACGUCGUCCACGUUUAGUGCAUCCAUGCUCUAUCCCGACGGCAAACCAUCCCUUGACCGCAACGCCUCCACUUUAACUUCGACUUCCGGAUCAU